UGCAAUUGAUAUUUUGGCUCAAAAUUAUCGUGUUUUAAAUUUAAAUUAAAAUGAAAUUAAAGCGUUUUUAGACUUUCGAAAUUACUAAAAGACGAACACAACAUUAAGCCAGAUUUUAACAAAACAAAAAUGGGUGUAGAAAAACUGUAUGAAAGUGAUAGUUUUCUUGUGGUUAACAAACCGUUUGAUAUGUAUAUCAACUCCGAUGAUGAGAAUGAGAAGAAUACGGUGACCCAACAUAUUGCAUCUCCAGAUUCCCAUUUGUCAACCUCAGCGAACCCUCUGCAUUUUGUACAGCGACUGGAUUACUCAACAAGCGGCGUGAUGUGCAUAGCCAAGACCAAGAGUGCCGCAGGGCGCGCCGGGCGGCUGUUCGAGCGGCGGCAGACCAGGAAGUACUACCUGGCCGUCGUCCGCGGGCAUUUGAAGUACGACGUGGCGGACAUCGAGUUUGAUGUUGGCGUGGACCCCCUCACAGCGACGUCCAGCCACAGGAUGGUAGCCAAGACGAGCAGCGCGUCCAAUGCAGCGGAGACCCGCGCGGCGCACACGCGGCUGCUGGCGUUAGAGACCGGGUACUAUGAGCGGGACCCGGUCACUGUGGUACUGCUCAAGCCGAUCACUGGUCGUCGCCACCAACUCCGAGUGCAUUGCGCGGCUACGGGACACACGAUCCUCGGCGACUACACAUACAGCGACACCCUCGACACGGCGCCGCAUAGGAUGUUCCUGCACGCCACAAGGCUAGUUCUUCCUCUCGAGACCGAACCUCUGGACAUCCAGACACAAGAGCCGUUCUUCUCCGAUACCCAGUUCAGUAGCAAGUUCAAAUCCGAGAAGGUUCUCCGCAAGUACCGGACAAAAGCGGACUUCAAUGCCGCGUGUGACAUCAUUGACAAGACUUACGAAGUGGGGCUGAAGUAUACUGUGUUUAACUGUAGCGAUUAAAUUGUUUGUUUUUAUUUUACAGCGUUUUUUUUA